AUGUACGAAAACUCUGCAAAUAAAUUUGUUAACAGUAACUCGAAACAAGAGAAUGGGUCGAACCAGAGUAAGAAGCUGAUAAUACGCUUGUCACGUAAAAACAAAUUAAUGGAUCAAGCGACGAGGAGGCAUUAUGCCAACAAUCCUAAUGUUGAGUUCUAUUAUGAAGAAGAUAGAAUAAUGGAUGAUCCAGAGUACUGGAUAACAAUUGCAGAACGGGCAAACAUUCCGAUCCGUUUUGGGAACCCUCAAUCUGAUAAUAAUUUACAGAUUUCUGGAACUGAAAGUACACAUUUUUCGAAUGACAAAAAUUCACUGUUAAAAUCACUGCAAGAAAGAUUCAAGGCGUACAAACAAAUGUCUAAGGAUGAUGAAGAUGCUUAUUAUGCCAACAUCGAGCGUGAGUAUAAACUGCAAAAGGAACGUGUAAAACAAGCCGAAUUUAAUGAAAAGACCAGGCAACAACGCAUCUCUAAACUCUUUAGACAGCUAGGAUACAGCGUCUCGAUUGAUAAAGAGGCUGGAAACCUAUCUUCAUCAAGUAGUUGUGUCAAAAGUUUACCCGCAAGUGAGGGUGAAGAGUCAAAUUUGGCCAUCUCUCAAGUAGAAACUCGCAUCUCAGACAACGAACCAGCAGACGAUACUGAUGAUAGCAUAAUAAUACUUUCUGAUCCAGAAUAUAACGAGCAUGCUGGCGAAGUGACUCACAAUGGUAUUCUUAAUGACUUCAUUGGUGAGGCCGAUGUUGGGAAUGACACGAGUGAAGAUGAAGGUGAAGAUGAAGGUGAAGAUGAAGGUGAAGAUGAAGAUGAGGAUAAUAGCGAUAUUUACUCCUUUGAACCCAUGAGCGAAUAUGACACUAAACUUGUGAAUGAAAAUGAUAACACUUUUCGUUACGCAGCUAACGGAACUGAGCUAAAGAGUGAUUAUAGGACAGCCUACAAUUUUCCAAGUAAUAGAGGCUUUGGAAUUCAGGACAUAAGGCACCAAGAUCAAGAAGUGAGCGAGCUGUCUGGAGAAGACGAAGAGGAGGAAAACAUCAAAGUUCGAGAAGAAUCAGCCGAAUUAGAUGAAUUAGAAGAGAUGGAAGAAUAUAUUGAAGAAGAAGAAGAAGAAGAAGAAGAAGAAGAAGAAGCUGAAAAUGCUGUUGACGUAAAGGGGGACUUUGAUUCAAAAGUCGCAAAACAAUCUUCUUCGGUCUUCAAUCUUCCAGAAGAAGAGAUCCCAAACUAUAGCUAUGAUCGUAAGCUCGAGAAAGUUGCCGUUAAUGACAGUAGGGGAACUCUUUUCAACCGAGAAUUUUCUAAUCCAAGAGAUAAUGCAACUGAAUCCAUAUAUCACGAGUUCUACAUGCAGGAAAAAAAUACGGCACCUAGUAAUGAUAAUUAUGUUACUUUGGAUUCUGACUCGGAGAAUUUUAGUAGCGAUAAAAGUGAUAAUAACGAAAAGGCUGAUAUUGAGGCUGAUACAGAGGAUCACCUUGAGAUUUAUAAAGAUGAUGAAAAAUCAACUGGAGGCGAAAUCAAGGAUGGUGGUUCUAAUGACGUAAGUUUAGAGGAGCAGCACCAGAUUGAUAUGAGUGAUGCGGCAUAUGCUUAUGAACUAGCAAGACUCUCUCAGCAGUAUCAAAACGAUAUUGACAUGAUAGUGAAUGAGACGCUAGAAGGAGCUCAGAAGACCGACGAAAAGACUCAAUCAAACCAAAAUUCUAAUUCACAUGAAAGUGACACAAGGUUGCUGGAUAUACCACAAGAUACAAAUUUUUUUACUGUGCAUUCAGACUCGGAAGAAACCCGCAAAGACUUGCUGAUGGAUAAGUCAAAAGCUGAAAACUUAGUUACUGAUGAUUCUGUUAUUGAUCAGAAUUUAUUUUUUUCUGCUAUUGAAAAUUCUGAAUUACAUGAAUCAACUCCCGUUGUUGCUGACGAAGAGAUGAAAUCUGUGAGCUCUCCAGUAAAGUACAAACCAGAUAACAUUUUAGUUACACCAUCAACCCCUCCGACACGUGUAAUUGAUUUUAAGCCAAUCACACCACCCUUGCCACCAACACCAGAUCCUCCUCAGCUAUAUAUGGGGCUUGCUGAAUUGUUGAAUGCAUCUUUAGACAUUCAUUCCAAGCAAAGUGCAGGUGAAAUCAUUGAGGAAAGAUUAGUAGAUACCGCUCAAAAAUUAGUUGAAGAAGUUUCUACCGCUUUUGGGAAGAUAGAAAGCUCCGAAUUAGACCAUUUUCUAUCUGCUCCAAUCAAUAAGCCAACUUUUAUUGAAGAAAGUGGAAGUAAUGACCGGAAACAUCCAUUUUCGGAUAUUGAAGAAUUAUCCAAUGAUGCAUGCCAUAAUGGGUCAUCGGGUAUAUUUAGAGAACGCCAACAAGAAGACAUUUCACAAAAAGAAGAAAAAGACGAAAAAAGAAAUAAGAUAAACUCAGGGGAGUCACGCGCAGAAAGAGUGCGUCAAAAUUCAAAAGAAGUCGAUGGUUCCGAGAGUGAUGAAAUCAGCAAAGAGGACAAUACAACCGAGCACAUGGUUGUCAAAGAUGAACCAACUGUUUUGCGGAAUUUGAAAGAGGCCUCUCCUUUUCACGAUUUAUUGCAAAACAAUGAGAGUUUCAACGCACUGUCUGAAUCUUCUGCCUUUGGAAUAUUAAGUACCAAAAAUGAAGAGGAGCGUGAGAACAGUACCAAAACGUUUAGAGAAGAAGACUACAUUAAUUCUCUUUUGAACGAAACUCUCGCCGACUCUAGAGAUCUGAGCUCGGCUCCUUUGUCUGGUGGAGUGUAUGGUGAGACAAUAAUGGAGUCCACCGAUGAAUUAUCUGAUGCAGAUCAAUCUUUCUAUCUUACCGACGGAAUAAAGGAUGAAGAUAAAAAAUCAGUAUAUAUACCUGAUAAGACGAAAUACAGGGCCAAAGACGAGUCUGGAAAUGAAAGAUACCCUGCUACUAACACUGAACAAUCACCAAAAAGUUUACCCCAAUCGAUUGAUACUUCCUGUGACACAGGCACUUUUUCCUUGAAAAGACAUUACGAGGAAAUGGUUAAAGAGGAAUUUCCUAGCCCCAAUUCGUUUGUUAAACGCGUUAAAGGUGUGAUAUCUAAGAUUUCUUCUUUUUCUUGGUACGACAAAGGUCCAGAUCCAGUAAUAGAGUCCCUUAACAUGAAAGACAAUGAAUCCCUCCUUACAAAUAUAGGCGUUCAGGAACAAAACAUUGAAGCUGAAGUAGACUUGAAUGAUUCAGCUGUAUCUCAAUCGACCAAAGACAAUUCCAUUGUGAACGUUCCAAAAGAUCCAGCUGAUAGUCAUCAUGAAUCGUCACUUGAAGAGAUAGAGGAUAGCGAUGCCAGGGUUGAUACUAUUAUUGAUGCUGCGGAAGGUUUAUCGGAGAAAACUAAAGCUAGCGAUAAUGAGGUUGAGAUGGAAAUCAAUGAUUUCCCAAAAGAAGUUGAUGAAAUUGAGGUUUCUAUUAAUCAUCUUGAAAAUGAAGAAUAUAAUAUUUUUCAUACCGAUGACGCUUCAAUUGAGACACCAGAAGCGGCCGUGAGUGAUCUCAAAAGUUCUAACGAAAAUAUUUCCCCGCUUGAGAUAGACCUUAGAAAAAGAGACGAGACUGAAAAUAUCAGGAUUGACAUGAGCGCUAACAACGAAAAGGCCUGCGAGCCUGUCGAUGAGGAACUCCAAUUAAUUGCAGAACCUAUGACCGAAAAUAAUGAGCAUAGUAAAGAUGAACCAGAUAUCAUGGUAUCCAAGCAAAUGGAGAAUAACGAAAAUCACAAUGAAACUAUUGUGAAUGAAAACAAAGCAUAUAGUAAUAAAAUUGAGAGGCAAGAGGAUAAAAAAUCUUGGCCAUUCAACUUGGCUAAUGCGUUAGUUGAGUUUUCUAAUAGCGCUCUGUCCGAAGCAUGCUUUGAAGAAAGUGAUGAUGUGGGUAUUGAUGUAGAAGCUACGGAUCUUGAGGAAGAAAAAGAAGAAAAUAAAGGAGAGGAAGGAGUAAAUGGGACAUUACCAAUUGCUGAAACCAGCUCCGCACAAGCCGAGAGCAGUCAGCCCAGCGAUGAUGAACUUUCUGAUGAUAAUACUGUCAAUGAAGAACAUGAGGUGAGUGGGUUGAAGAAAGAUGUUUCCUUCGAACGCACUGCUCCAUCUAUUGCCGGAAGUGAAACAGAGGGAGAUGCAGGAGUCAAAGAUUCCUCCGUGUCUCAGCAUGCAUUCGACGAAGAAUCCGUCGUGAAAUCGAGCAUUAAGGGAAAAGAUGACUUUUUUUCAGAAGGGGAAACCACAGAUGUUAUUGUUGUGAAUGAAUCACCCGCUAACGUGCCUUUUAAAAAUGAGGUAGAAGCCAAAACAGCUUUUCCGUCUAAGGUUGUCAAACUUUUUACUGGGUUGUUUAGCGAGAGCAAACUUUCUAAGAAGCAAACCCCUACUGCAGAGGUCGACCCUACUUCGGCUGGUAUAUCUCACUCAGAGUCAGAGCCGGAAACUGGAGUGUUGCCAAACGAUGAGUCGUCUGCGUCCACUUCUGAUGCUGACACUAGCACAAUCCAUAUAGAGGUCAAGGGUGAGAAAGAUGCAUCCGAAUCCAGAUCCGGGUCUGCAUGCGAAUCUGAGUCUGAAGCAAACACAGAAGCCACUUCAGAUGCUGAAGUUUCUGUCAUGCUUGUUCAUGAGAAUACAAAUACGGAGUCGUCUUCCACCGACAGCGAAAGCUCUACUGAAAUUAUCACAGUUCGAGAGGGCCUGAGUGACGAGAUUCAUGUAGGUGAGGAAACUGGUGACGAAGGUUCAACAGAUAUGAAUGUCAAGCCCGAAGCUACUGAAAUAAUGAGAGUUAUUGAGUUACCGUCCAAAGAAAGCGAGCCUAUUCUCAAGGUGGAAGAUACCACUAAUAUUACCGUAAGGGGUAAGAAUGGGGAAGAUGAUCUUUUGAGUACUCAAAAAGAUUUUGAUAACGAGCCCCAAAAGCGAGGUCGUAGUGAAAUUGUCAAAAUGGGUAAUGAAGACAUUAGAGAUGAUGACGAGCAACCAAGCAAACGUUUACAUGUUGAAAAUUCCAGGCUCUUUGUGCCACCAGUUGCUGUGCGAACCAGAUCCCGAUCUCCUUCUCGUAAAAGUUCAGAAAGUUCACAGAGGACCUUAUCAAUUGAAGAGGGGACGAAGACAUCGAUAAACGUAAUUGCCAACCGUGUUCUGUCAUACGGUUCUGACGAUGAUCCAGUUGAGCUCAAAGAAGACCAGCUGCCAAGGAUGUAUCCCAAUUUGAUUGAAGAGGCUGAUCAUUUUAUAGAGCACGAUGCAGAAAAGAAACCGGCAGGCGUGGGUGCAUUCGAAACCAAUAGCGAUGACGAAGAAAACGAAUCCAAUGCACAAAACGAGAGAGAGAAGACCUUGAAGAGCCCACAGAUUGUUGUUACGAAAAGGAAAUCCUCUUCACAGGAUGCCUCCUCGGAAAGACGGUCUGAUAGAAUCCUUCGAAACGAUGAUGUCAAGAUAAUCGAUGAAAAACCUUCGGAAGAGACUGAGGCUAGGCUUACUAGAAGGACCAGAUCUUCUAAGAAGCCAAGCACAGAUAAGGACGAAACUAAGCCAACAGAUGAAGGAGAAAAAGACGAGAAGGAGGACGAUGAUUUGGACGCAACUUUCGAGGAGAGAUUGAAAACGUCUUUGAACAAGCGACCAAAUAGCAAGAGUGAGGUGACAGACGAAGCUCCAAGUAGAGGGCGUGGUAGAGGACGAGGCCGGGGCAGAGGAAGAGGACGAGGCCGGGGCAGAGGAAGGGCACGAGGCCGGGGCAAGGGGCGGACCAAGAAACUGUAA